GAAUCUGGUUUAUGUUGCUGUAAUUAUGUUGCCUCAUUCUGGUUAGAAAAUAUAGGACACAUCUCAAACUCUGUGGUUUGUUUGUUGGUUUUUUUUGGUGUUUUUUUUUUUUUUUUUAGUUAUUUUUAGUUUUUGUUUGAGACUUUUGUCCCAGCUCUCCCUCUCCUUGCGGAAGGGUUUCGUUCAGGUUCUCCCUGCGUACCCCCCCGGCGAACUCGAUCCAGCGCUUGAUUUCCGUGUGGCACCAUCCGCAUUCCUGCGGCGAGCAAGGAGCGCGCUGCGAACACCGGGAACCCCGGCCCGGGGGCCGGGAGGAGGGCGCCGCUCCCCGGGGCCGGGCGGGGACGGGAGCGCUGUCCCGGGAGCGCAGCAAUCCCUGGGAUUUGGGGCAAACGCCGCAGCCCCGAGGCUCCCCCGAGCAGCUCCGUGGGCAGGGUUGCAGGGUUAUUUUAGUCCUGAGGUGACUCACGCUUCUCCCGGUGUGACUCACGGGGGCCCGGGGCCGCUCGGGGAUGUGGCCCGGCACGGCACGGCACACACGGCUCUGCUCACGCAGCCCUGCCCCGGGAGCAGCAGAGCGGCCGUGCCGGGCCCGCGGCUCCGGGAAUCGCCCUGCCCGUCCCCGCCGCAGGUGCAGCAUCGCAAGGAGCGCUCCGACAUUUAUUUUGAUUAAAUAAAUGAUUCCCAAGUGCCGGGUGCGGAAAGGGAGGCUCGGCCCGUGCCGUGCCGCUCACCCCUGCGCCCGGGAGCUGCUCAGGCUUUGCUGCACCCCAGCUCCUGGCGCUGCAGGAGCUCACCCAGCACGGGCAGGAAAAUCCCUGCGGUUCGAGCUUGGCCCGGCCCCGGCACUGGGAACCAGCUCUCCUACGGCCCGAGCAGCCUGGAAAACGUUGCUUUUUCAGGAUCGCUUUCCAACAAACAGCAAAUCCUACAGAUUUCUUCUUGGCACCCACCGAGGCAUUUUUACAGCGACUGGUUUUCUGUGUGAGAUUCAGGGAAAGGCUGAAAGGCUGCUCCCGCUUCCAGGAAUCCCGGCGAGCACAGGUCGUUCCCUCCCGGGACAGCGCUGGGCAGGCACUGCCCGCCCCCCAGCCCUGCCCGCCCCACCCCGGGGCGCCGGGGGAAGCCCUUUCCUGGCGGCAGCCGCGGCUCGCAGGGGACAGGCGGGGACGUCCCGCGUGUGGCACAGGGUGACGGUGCCUCUCCACCGGCGGUGGGCUCCGCCGAUGGAGGGCACCGAGCUGACCCCGCGGAGCCGGGACGUGUACGCGGCCGCGGGCCGUGUCCAGCAGGCGGCGGGCGCGGCGCGGAGGGGCGGCGGCGGCCGGGAGCUGAUGGUGCGGCUGAGCGAGGGGCAGUACGUGCUGUGCCGCUGGACGGACGGGCUCUACUACCUCGGCAAGAUCAAGAGGGUGAGCGGCUCCAAGCAGAGCUGCCUCGUCACGUUCGAGGACAACUCCAAGUACUGGGUCCUCUGGAAGGACAUCCAGCAUGCCGGCGUCCCGGGGGAGGAGCCCAAGUGCAGCAUCUGCCUGGGGGAGAAGUCUGGCCCCAGGAACGAGAUCCUCAUCUGCGGGAAGUGCGGGCUGGGUUACCACCAGCAGUGCCACAUCCCGGUGGCGAGCGGCGGCGAGGGCCCGCUGGGGACGCCGUGGUUCUGCCGCCGCUGCAUUUUCGCCCUGGCCGUGCGGAAAGGGGGUGCCCUGAAGAAAGGAGCCAUUGCCAGGACGCUGCAAGCCGUGAAGAUGGUGCUGUCCUACAACCCCGAGCUGCUGGAGUGGGACUCCCCGCACCGCACCAACCAGCAGCAGUGCUACUGCUACUGCGGGGGCCCCGGAGAGUGGUACCUGAAGAUGCUGCAGUGCUACCGCUGCCGGCAGUGGUUCCACGAAGCCUGCACGCAGUGCCUCAGCGACCCCAUGAUGUUCGGAGACAGGUUCUAUGUGUUCUUCUGCUCCGUAUGCAACCAGGGACCAGAAUACAUCAAGCGCCUGCCCUUGAGAUGGGUGGACAUCGUCCAUCUCGCCCUCUACAACCUGGGUGUGCAGAGCAAGAAGAAGUACUUUGACUUCGAGGAGAUCCUGGCCUUUGUGAACCACCACUGGGACCCUCUGCAGCUCGGGAAGCUCACGGGCACCCCCAUCUCCGAGCGCGGCCCCCACCUCCUCAACGCCCUCAACAGCUACAAGAGCAGGUUUCUGUGUGGGAAGGAGAUCAAAAAGAAGAAAUGCAUCUUCCGCCUGCGGAUCCGCGUCCCCCCGAACCCCCCCAGCAAGGUGCUGCCGGAGAAAGCCCCCGGAGAGGGCGACAGCGGCUCCUGCGAGCUGAAGAAGAGGGGGAAAAGCAAAUUCUCCCACAAGGAGAGCCUCCUGCCGCGGCAGCUCCAGCAGCAGAAGCGGCGAGCGCGGCGCAAGAGGGCCAAGUUCCUGCUGGAGGAUGCCAUUCCCAGCAGCGACUUCACCUCGGCCUGGAGCACCAACCACCACCUGGCCAGCAUCUUCGACUUCACUCUGGAUGAGAUCCAGAGCCUGAAAAGUGCCAGCUCAGGACAGACCUUCCUGUCGGACCUGGACUCCACAGAUGCCACCAGCACCUCAGGCUCGGCCACCACCAGCGUCUCCUACGAGUCCAGCCGCAGGACCGUGGGCAGCCGCAAGCGCAAGCUGGCGGUGCCAGGCUACGCCUCGGGGGCCAAGAGGAGAGGGACAGGGCUGGGCGGGCGCCCGGCCAGGGCCACCCCCGAGGGCAGCGAGGCAGCGGCCGGCGCCGACCGGCCCGAGGACGGCAUCGACAGCCACACCUUCGAGAGCAUCAGCGAGGACGAUUCCUCGCUGUCCCACCUCAAGUCCUCCAUCAGCAGCUACUUCGGGGCCGCGGGCCGCCUGGUGUGCGGGGAGAAGUUCCAGGUGCUGGCGCGGCGGGUGACGCUGGAGGGGAAGGUGCAGUACCUGGUGGAGUGGGAAGGCACGACCCCCUACUGACCCCGCCAGCCCCGAAACCUCUCCCGGAGCCAAAGCGGAGGAGGUCGGGCUGCUGGGGAAGCCCGUGGGGCACAGGAGAGGUGCUGGUCCCUCCCCUCGGCAGUGUCGGCGGGUAGAGGCAGCGCCCAGGCCGGCGGUGCUGCCCAGGAGUGAAACCUGAAGCCUUUGACUUUCUCUUUUUAAAAUGUUAACAGUUUUUAGUUCUUUGGCUGUGCUUAUGCAGAGCGUGGCCCAGCCGUGCCCUCCUGACGGAGCCCGCGGUGCUCAGAGCAGUGAGGGGGUCCGGCCCUUCCAGAAGGGUCCCCCUGGCACAGCUGGAGCAGCUUGGGGGGCACCCCACACCCUGCUGGCACAGAGGGGCCUCAGCCUGGGCCUGGCACAGGUCCCAGCCUGGCCGAGCAGCCCCCAGGGGCUCCUGCUGCCAAAACACAACCCUCUCCUCAUCCCUGGGCUCUCACAGCCCAUCCCUGUGCCCAUGGGGCCAGCUCCUGGGGUUUCCCACCUCAUCCUGAAUCCAUUCACUAAAGGAAUGUGGUUUGUUUUGUAUGAGAGGAAAUUGCCCCCAGACCAGCCCACACGUGGGGCAGCCGUGCUCUCACCCCACGGCCUGGACUGUGCGUGGUGCUGCACCAGCCUCACUUCCCUGUUCUGACAAUCACAGCCUUGGAAGAGAUCAUCCAAAAAAUCCUUCUUUGCCUUAAAACCACCGUGGGCACGUCACAGACUGGAGCCCAAGGCCUUUGCUUCUGCAGGAAUCUUCAUCCCAAAUGUGCCAAACCAGCAGACAAACCAAAAAAGAGCUGAAGAGGGCAGCGGGGCAGGGGGAAGGGGUCCACGUGGCCAUCCCCGUGGCCAUCCCCGUGGCCAUCCCCGUGGCCUCCUGGCUGUGCCUCUCUCCCAGUGGUGAUGUUUGUGAGCACUGGGUUUGAUUUGUCUGCAGGAGGGAAGGAGCAGCUCCUUCUCCAACAAAGCAAUACCGCCAGCUUGGGCAGGGGCAGAGCAGCUGGCUUUUUCCAAAAGAUUCCAGUGUCAGAUAGAUGUGUUAGAUUUUUUUUCCUUUAGAGAGAGAGAGAUUUUUAAUGUCCUCAUCUCUCCCCCACGCCAUGGUGGAUGUCCUCUGGGCUGCUGGGCUCUGGGGUCCUGUCCUGCCUGUGCCUGUGGGAUCGCAGCUCACCUGAGCAGAGUGUCCCUGUCCUUUUGGGAGAUGUGCUACCAGCCCCCCUUCAUCCCUGGCAGGGAGGCAUCCAGCAGCUGGAGAACUCCCUGUCCUUGCCUUAGCUUUGUCCUUGAAGGGUCACUUCAAAUAUUUCCCUUUCUUAGUGCCUUUGGAGCCCUUCUGAGGGGCUGCCAAGAGCCGUGCCAGGGCUGGGCUGGGUUAUUCCUGUGGGCUGUGCCAGUGGACAUCACCCCCAUGGAAGCACCCACAGGAUGCGGCCCUGGCUCCUCUCUGCUCCCUCUCUGUUCCCUCUCCUGGCUUCUUGCAGAGAAUUGAAUGUGGAGCCUUGAAAAGUAUUUUUGUUGCAGAGUAUAUUUUGCAUUCGCUGUAAUAGAGAUUAUAACAACUCUGUGCACCUUCUGAAUUCUGAGUUCGGGUUGCUGCUCGUGAGCGACUCUUGUUAUACCCAAGUUGUAAUUAAUGUGUCUGAUGUACAAUUAAAAAGUGGGUUUUUUUCCAA